UCAACAUCGUUAUAUACUAUGAUAUUACGAGCUUCGCUCUUCUGGAUAGUACCGUUCUUUAUAUCGCGGACAGCCUUGGACAAUAAGGCCACAGCUUAAGCAGUACAUCUGACUCGACACUCUUAUAUUUUUUUUCUACACUGCCAAUCCCGGAGUCCCCGCGAGUCGACGUCUGUAUUGAUCACGACGCGAAGCUGUCAAGAUGGCAUAUCCAUUACCAUUCACAUCAUUUCUUUAUCAUCCACACUGGCCGUUUCCACGACCGCAGCCAAUUUUUGCACCACUUCCUUAUCCUCCACGGGGAUCGACUCUUCCGACCACCUUUGUUUCCCAAUAUCUGAGCAAGACGGACCCGCUUAUUCUUCUCAUUCUCGUCCUCGCAACGCAUGAUGUCAGCUCCAAAUGGGAGGAAAUGGUGGAGGCGAGCCACCUGUUACCUGACAAUCGCCUGUGGAUGAAAGAUUGCGACGAGCUCGCUCUCAACUUGGUCCCUUGUACCGACAUCGCGGAGGAAUUGCGGAGCCUCUUGGAUAUAAAGAGCCGGGUUAACUCCUGGGAUUGGUUGCAUCCACCUGGACAACCAGAUGUGCAAGUAGAUCGCAGACUUUGCUCUCCGCGUGAAGGAAGUGCGAUACUAGCCGAGCGAGCAUGUCUCGGGCGACGAAAUAAUAGCGACCCAGGCAGUGAAAGAAGCAGCCUUUGGAUGAGGAACUUGGUGAAAACCCAACGAUCCGGCAAGAUACACUGCUUUGAUCCACACCUGACGGUAACCGGUAUAAAUGAAAGCUGGAAAGAGAACGUCCCUCCGAUUACCCCCACAGGCCCACCCACCCCACUAAGGAGUGCCGACACGAGUGUAUCGAGAGGCAGACGCAGAAGACGACCUCCGUUGGCGAAUUAUGAGAGCGGCAUGGGCGUCAUCCAGAGCAUAGAGGAAGAUUACACGAUGGGGUCGCAGAACAGGCAGGCUUCGGCGGACAGACGGUCUUUGAAUCGCGAAAUAGUCGAGGUUUCACCCCGUGAUUUGGAAGACGAGCGCACCAGACGUUUACGGUCCUGCACUCCUCUUGAGGAAUUGUUGGAUCGAGCUACGCGAGGUCGAUUUGAGCCUAUUCAUUCGGCCCCGGAAAGUGUGUGCUCCAUGGAAAUUGGGACUGUGCGUCCAAGAGGUCAAUCUGACCCGUAUAAAUGAAAUUGGAGGAAAGAUAUGAAAAACAUGGAUUCAGUUUUGGUUGUGUUCAUAUUUUAUGUACUCCUGGAGAUGCUGCUCGUACUGGAUACGUUGGGAAUAGAACAGGGAAGACUCGACAGGGAAGAGUCCUCUAAAAGUUUUACAGUACGAUACGGUCACUCAUUAUUGUGUUAUGAUUCGUGUUCUCAAUAAGAAAUCGUGGUAGAUAUCAAGGGAGCCCUAAAACGAUGAUGUACGCUAGACAUCGGACACGGACGAAUAGCAGUACAUCAUAGUUUCUGGUGGAGGACGUGGAGAUGGUGUCCUACAACAUCUACAAGUCAUCCUGAUAGACCAAACAUUACAAAGCGCCAUGAGAUGAACUUCAUUCGUAAAAUUAAAAC